AUGAACAUGUCCGGGUUGACCCUCGGGCGAGGCCCUGGGGGCAUGCGACCGACUCAAACCGCAACCUUUACCACCCACCACUCGUCCACCGAUGCUGACCGCUCCUCCAACAACCUCCCCCCUACCUCCUCGCAGUUGUCCGAUGACUUUUCUUUCGGCUCCCCUCUGAGCCCCGCCGACUCGCAGGCCCAUGACGGCCUACUUCAGGACUCGCUCUUCCCCGAAUGGGGGUCCGGUGCGCCUCGACCUGGCAUCGACAGUCCAGAUGAGAUGCAGAGACAAGAUCCGUUAGCGACUCAAAUAUGGAAGCUCUAUUCUAGGACCAAGGCCCAGUUGCCCAACCAGGAGCGCAUGGAAAACCUCACCUGGCGGAUGAUGGCGAUGAGUUUGAAACGCAAGGAGCGCGAACGUGCUCAACAGUCCAUGUUUCCUGUGAGACCUGGUAGCGCAGGCCCCAGUGGGAUCGCGCAACUGCGCAUUUCCGACCCGCCCGUUGCCACUGGUAACCCUCAUUCGGCCGAUUUGACCGCCGACCCGAUGAACCUCGACGAUUUUAUCGUGCCCUUCGAAUCUCCUUCGGACCACCCUUCACCCAUUGCCAUCAAAAACACCGACCCCACGGCGUCCGCGGCCAUUCCCAUCAAGUCCCGGAAAGACCAGCUGAGAGAUUCGACCCCGGUGCCGGCCUCCUUCCACCACCCGGCCCAAGAUCAGCGGAAGAACAGUGAAUUCGGCUACGUCCCCCGUCGCGUGCGCAAGACGAGCAUCGACGAGCGUCAGUUUUUCUCGCUGCAGGUGCCGACCCGGAAGCGACCGGCCGAAUCCUCGCCGCAGGUGCCGCCCGUUUCCAACUCCAUGUUGGCCCACGAUCCGGAGCUCGCCACCGGCGUGCCCGAUUAUGCGUUGGACACUCCGUCCUCGGCCUUUGGCUUUCACCAGGGCAACCACCAUCAGAUGAAUCACCACAACCACACCUCCCCAGGGGCGCCGUUUGGCUUGGAUACGUUCGGCCUGGGAGACGAUCCGAUCUUGCCCUCUGCGGGCCCCUACCAGUCGCAAUUCACCUUCUCCCCUAGCGAGUCUCCGAUGGCCUCCGGCCAUCCGUUCGCGAACCUCUAUUCGCAUACCCCAGUGGCUUCAUCCCUUAACUCCACGGAUUUCUUCUCCCCACCACCAUCGGGCUACCAGUCUACGGCGUCCACCCCGCAGCCGCCUACGAUGGGGACCAUUCCGUGUACUUCGAUAUGCCGUCCGGCGACGCACGCACCCAACGCCGCAUUCCAAACUAUGUUUCGCAUCGGUCCAACCUGUCCGCUUCGCUGCAGCCUCGAUCCCACCCAGGUGUUGAACGCCACCAAUUACUCCGCCGGCAAUUCCCAUGGCGGCCCCAUGUUCACCUUUGGAGCCGAUUCGGAUAAUGAGGAUGACGAUGGCCAUCAGCUGUCAGAGCGGGCGGGUCUGGCGAUGCCCACAGAGUUCGGGGACGAGAAUGAUGGAUUCUCGCCGGGCAUGCAGUGGAAUGAGCAGUUCCCGGGCUCUUUCCACUCGCUGCCGGGCUUUGGCCCCCAACAUCGCAAGCAUGUUACCAUCGGGUCGACGGACAUGAUGGACACCCCGGAGGAGUGGAAUCAUGGCAGCAGUUUGGGUCGGACACAUGGGUCGGUGGCUUCGGUCAGUGAGGUGCGCAACCGAGAGCAGGACCCUCGUCGGCAGAAGAUUGCCCGCACCACGUCCACCCCCAACACGGCCCAGCUGCUGCGCCAAAGCAUGAACUCUAAUAACAAUACUCCCGGGGGCAGCAAGAACGGUGAUCCGGGUAGCAAUGGACCAACGACCUGCACGAACUGUUUCACCCAAACAACUCCGCUGUGGCGUCGGAAUCCGGAGGGCCAGCCACUCUGCAAUGCCUGCGGUUUGUUUUUGAAACUGCACGGUGUCGUGCGUCCGCUGUCCCUGAAAACCGACGUCAUCAAGAAGCGUAACCGCAGCAGCGCCAACAGCUUAGUGGUCGGGACAUCCCGUACGUCGAAGAAGACGGCCCGCAAAAACUCGGUGCAGCAGGCAUCCGUCACGACUCCGACGUCGAGCCGCGCUCAGAACGGGACUUCCUCCGAAUCUCCACCCGCCGGCUUUGGUGCUGCCGCGGGACGGUCGAAUGGGGUGGUACCCAUUGCCGCCGCUCCUCCGAAGGCAGCGCCCUCCGCAGCAGCGUCCCCUGGCACGGGCCAGACUCGCAACCCGGUCCCGGCUGCCCCGAAACGUCAACGACGGCUGGAAAAAGCCUCGGAGAUGGAAAUGGACGAGGCGAGCAAGUCCGCGGGCAGCCGAUCCAAGGUGGUACCUCUGGCGCCCGCCAUGCCACCGGCGGCAGCCAAUCCGGCCAACCAUAGCAUUGCCGGAGGCCAGGGAGCUAGCCAGGAAUGGGAGUGGUUGACCAUGAGUCUGUAA